AUGUCUAAUAAUUUUGUAUUUGAAAUGAAUAUGACAUGUGAAGGCUGUGCAAAUGCAGCAAAAAAAGUAUUAUCAAAAUUAGGAGAUAAAGUUUCUUCUGUUGAAACAGAUGUAGCUUCAAGAACUGUAAAAGUUACCACAACAUUAGAUUCAUCAGUAAUACAAGAACAAUUAGAAAAAACUGGAAAAACUAUAAAAUUAAAACAGUAA